CACAGUUGUUGCUCACUGUCCUGCACAGACCUCAGUAGAAAACACUGACCGUGAACCACUUUUCACGGUAAAAACUUUGGAUCUAUUGCAUUUGAGACACUAAAAUGAUGCACAUGUUUUCAUUAUCAAUUUUAACCAGUUGAUUCAAAAUGACAUUUAUUGAGCUCUGGAAUUAUUCUAGAUCUGUUGUUGUAGCUAAAUGACUCGUAUCGUGUCUUUCUUUAAAAAUGCACAUUUGGCUUUAACUGAAAACUACAGAAAAUGGCAGCCAAUGACUCUUCAGUGUAUGCGAACGAUGACUUAAUUAUAGUUCAGUUUUUCAUAUCACUUUUCCUUUGCAUUAACUUUUUGCUGAUCACAGUCUUUUUCAUGAAGGAUUUCUUCUACACAACCAUGCGCUACAUCUUCUUUGCACUGACUCUCAUGUCUGAUUGUGUUUUUUUAAUGCUGAGUGAUGUUCUGCUCAUUUUAACGUACUUUGAAUUCACCAUACCAAUGUUGUUGUGCCUUAUGGUGUAUGUGGCUGUAUCUUUAUGCUUUUUUAUCACUCCGGUGACUCUGACAGUGAUGACGCUGGAGCGCUUUGUAGCCAUUUGCAUGCCACUGCGACACGGAGAGCUGUGCUCCACACGCAGCGCUCUGCACUGCAUCCUCAUCGUUCAUGCCAUCAGUGCUCUGCCCGAUGUGAUUUUUCUCUCCAUCUUCUUUGCGACUGUGAACCGCAGCUACUACACCCAGAGCACUCUGUGCUCUAUGGAGAUCUUCAUCCUCCACACCUGGCAGGGUCACAUUAGGUCUGCAAUAAGUCAGUUUUACUUCCUGAUCAUGGUUAUCAUUAUCAUGUUCUCAUACUUUAAAAUAAUGAAGGUGGCCAGAGCUGCAUCAGGACAGAACAGGAAGUCGACAUGGAAAGGCCUCAGAACUGUGGUUCUUCAUGGCUUUCAGCUGUUCCUCUGUCUUUUCCAGCUGUGGUGUCCUUUCAUUGAAGCUGCUGUGCUUCAGAUUAGCCUGGUGCUCUACGUUAAUGUCAGGUACUUUAACUACAUGGUGUUCAUUCUUUCUCCGAGGUGUUUGAGUCCUCUCAUUUAUGGCCUCAGGGAUGAAAAGUUUUUCGUUGCUCUGAGAAGCUUUGUUCUUUGUGGUUUGUAUAAGAAACAAUUGUCAAAUGAAUUGUGAUUGACCUGUGAAAACCUCAGCAACCUCAGCUGCAGGACCAUUGUUUCAUUGUUUUCAUUGUUUGUGAUCACUUUGUAUUCAUCUGUUGUGAAAAUGUUGUGAUUUAAUGAAUAUUAAGACUAACUUCUGAUAUAUAUUCAUAAAAGUUAUGUUUUGAAAAUAAAUGCUGUUAUAAGACAGGUUAUGGAUGUACGUGUUUGUAUUAUUGAAUAAACUGACUCCAUUACUCA